GUCCCUCUUUAUUUUCCUGUCCACUAUAGCCGUAAUUCCAAGUCUUGUUUCCCUUUCUUCGUCUUUAUUUUCUGUAACUCGUCUAAUUUCAUAAUGUCCAACAUUGACAGCGCGUCGGAGCAGUGGUCGUUUGAAAAUUUCGGACAGAGCACAGACUCGGGAUAUCCGCUACGCAACAGCAACGAGAGUCACAAAACCGACACACCGCCGACUCAGACCCAGCCUACAUCUCUACCACGCGUCCUGAGCGGUACCAGCGUGCGUGCCUUGCAUUUGCAGAGCCAGCAGCGGCGGUACAACGAAAGCAGUGGGGCAUCGGUGAAGUCAAACCAGUCGUCGAUGUACCAGCAAGGCACAGACAGCGCCAUGCCUUUGUUUUAUUCGAGCACGACUCAGUCGUCAGGGACUGCCAAUGCACAGCAGCCGAGGCAGGCGACACCAACUCCGACACUGAUAGCCACACCAACGCAGCCAAGGCCGCAGAGUAUUAUGGUGCUGGGUGGCCCAUCACAGCAGCACCAGCAGCAGCACCAGCAGCAUCAGAACCAGCAGCAUCAGAACCAACAGCAUCAGAACCAGCACCAGCAACAUCCGCUGCAGCAGCGGGCGGAUGAUGAAGGCGUGAAAAAGACCUACGGACUAGGAAACACAGAUAGCGCCUCAAGUAAUGCGGUGGAGUUUGCGCAGACACAGCGGAUUCGGAUUGAGCGCGACUAUUCGACAGGCGACAUGCGGCAGUUUUCGUUGGACGUGCCUGUGCAGCUGCAGGGCAGGAUCGAUGAGCAGAGAUUUAAGCGGUUUGUGCGCAGAAUCAAUGGCAUGCUGGCUGAGGCCGAGGGCGCGACGCUAAGGAAUGUGCUGGAAGGAUGCCUGGCAUUUGCAACGCUGUAUCUGUCGACACUCAUAAUCAAGCCGCAUUUCCGCAAGACCAUUGACCGGAUCUCGAGGUUUAUUGCACAGGAGAAUGAGUCGUUCUUUGCGCCGAUGGGCCUGGUGGUGCUGGACCCGCAGCUCACUGCGUUUAUGUUUAUUGAGAUAGCGCCGUUGAAUUGACAAAAGCAUGAGCCCUUACCAAAUAGUUGUGAUAUGCGAUUGGUGGCUUCUGCUGCUUUCAAAUCACAUCUCACAUCUGUAUCCUGUAUUGCGGAUCAUAUCCUACCAUCCCAUCUUUAAAACGCCAUCCUUGGAGAGCCUCGCUACCGCCACCACACUCUGUGCGUCUGGCACGAAUUCUCCCACCCCCUCUCAGGGCGUCUUUAUACAAUGCUGUCG